CAGUAUACAAUGAAAUCUCAAAAAUUGACCACCACUGGAUAUGAACCCAGGUCAAUUCACUUCCUGCCAUAAUUCUAUUAUUAGAUUAUUACUACCUACCUAUAUUAUUCCCCUCUCAGUUAUAAGCCAAAACCGGCCGAAUGAAUAAUUUUACAGGCCUGGACAUGGAGCCCCUGAGCCUGUACCAACCCUCUCGCGGCAAUGAUCGGUUCGACGGCGAAGAUAAUAACGAUUUUUUGGAUUCCAACAUUCCUUACAAGCUUAUGCUCAACGAGAUUUUGGAUUUUGACGUUAAUAACUCGCUAUUUUCGUUAUUGGGAGGCUUCGAUAAUCAAGACUCUUUAAAAGACCAAUUUCUGGACGAUUCUUGUAAUUCGCCAAUCGAAGACAUUGUAAUGGCUGAUAAUCACGUGAUUCACACAUCUCAGCUAAGACACGAUUUUGAAGUCCAAAAGGAUCCACUUUUUAACAUCCAACCACACAAGCCAUCCAUAUUACCGCCCACUCUUUCCUUCAAAGCGCUCAAACAUCGCAGUGAUCUCCAAAAUCACGAUUUGCCAUCACCUGCUGGUAACACGGACUCUGAUGUGGAACUCGCUAUGGCGGAUAAUUUACAAUUUUUCAAAGAAAAUUUAUUCAAAAACUUUAAACCUGACGUCGAUGAUGUGAUAAUCGUAAUAGAUAACGUUAAUAAUGGCUCGAUACACGAUAUUAACAAGAAUGGGUUUUGUCCAACAAGAUCAGUUGGUAAUGUUAUAACUGAUCAGCAUGUUAGACCAUAUCCACUAGGACCGCUCAAAUAUGCCUCCCCUACAACCAAAUCGGGUUGCACAGAAAAUCCUACGGUUAACACUUCCUUAACCAAAAUUCCUAUUGUAAAAAACUGUCGCUCUUCUAACGUCAAACAAACUUCACCCUCUCCCAUAUUACCGGCUUUGUCCAAAGGCUCUCGCCUGCCACCAAUCAUCUCACCCCGUCAACCUAUUUUCAGCCUCAGUAGAAAUAGUAAUACUAAUGUUAGUGACGAAAAUAGGAGCAAUGCGAUUAACACGAAACAGCAAAUUUUACGAAAUCACGACAUUAGUGCACUGCCUGCCGCAAAAAAUUUGGACGUCUUUGAUGUAAUCAAUUGCACCAAUGAUAAGAAUAAGGCCCUUAUAAACGACAUGUUCCAAAGGUUGAUACCUUCAAAUGAGGAUAAUAUCAAUUUUUAUCAAAACUCUCUAUUUGAUAUUGGCACCACUGAACGUUUACCCUUUUCUUCGAAACAAAGUCAUUAUGUCAAAAGAACGAUUGAUUCUCCCAUGGGAAUGUACGGUUCGAACGAAGAGCACAAGCAAAGCAAGAGAUUAGAACGGAUGAUCAAAAAUAGGGAAAGCGCUAGUUUAUCUAGGAAACGCAAAAAAGAGUAUAUCAAGAGCCUGGAGAGUAGGGUAGAGCAAUUGUCCAAGGAAAAGCGGGAUUUAGAAAUCAUUAACGGAAGUCUGAAAACCAAAAUAAAUUCGCUAGAAACGGAGAAUUGCGUUUUAAAGAAAGUUUUACCCUUGUUGAAAGCCACCAAACCAGGCGUCUUCUUUGGCGUUGCCUUUUUAUUCUUAUACUUUUUACCAUUCCUAACCAACAACCGUAAUAAUAACCACUCGUACCUCGAUUCAUUACCCGUUGGGGGUCCCCACUCAAAUUUAGCCCCUCGUUCAGUUUCUUACAAAGGCCGUUUGCUAAUGUCGAAAUCGAUAGAUUCCGAUUAUUAUAUCGAUAUGUUAAAUCAAUCCGCUUACCCUUUACCCCAUAACGUUAAAAACAUUACCGCCAAAAAUCGCCUUAUUAAUUUGAACCGAAGGGGGUGGCUUGAAUCCCUUCUGCGCGCAUAUUUUUACAAUCCCAGCAACGCCGAUUACCAACAUAUGACGAAUUUGGGAAAUUUAAGAAAUUUGAGUCGUUCGACGACCAAUGUUCAGCCCAUUUUCGAUAGUGACGAUGCUAAAAAUUUGUCUCUUAAAUUAGCUGAAUUCGCUCAAUCUGGCGAUUAUUUUUCGCUGUAUCCCAAUUUGGAUAAUUUGUUAUCGCCCAAUCCGGCUCACUCAAUUCCUUUCGCUGAUUUAACGCAAGAAACAAAUCCUGUUUCUACUACCGUUAAAAGUUUAAAAAGGAAUAGGCGAAUGGUAAAUAAAAAUAGAAAAAAUCCAAACGGAUCUUUCGAGACGAAACCAAUUGAUUAUUGGAUGUAUCAACGAAGGGCUAUGUUGCUUUCGAAUGAUCAACAAAGUAAACCACCGGUAGAAAAUGCUGAUAACAACUCGACUCAACUUAACACUUUCGGGAAAAUGUCUUACGCUUGGUUCAAUCUGAUGUUGGAGUUCAUGAAAAAUAUUCGAUAUCAAAACGACACAUAUUACCUUUUUUCCAUUUUUCCAGACAUGUUUUUUCCAGCCCUAAAUAACUCGGAUAAUAUUCGCCCAAAGAUGUCCUUAGUCAUGCCAAACUUAGCUAAAACAAACCUUAGUAAAUUUUCCACAGACCAAAUAAGUAUGAUGCAAUUCGAUUGUAAAAUUACGGAAAUGAAGCCACUCAUUCUCAAUAAAACAAUUAUCUAAUCUUUUCUUUUAAAUCAUUAUUUUUACAUAAAUUAUAUUUCUAAUUAUAUUAUUUGUGCAAUUUUUCCAUUAAAUUUCGGAUCACAUCUGAUUCAAAUUUAUUAUUUUUUAAAUUUGAUUUUAUUGUUCACAAUU